AUGCAGCAAACAGGCAGCAACAAUUUGUCGUCCUAUUCCUCGGCCGCGUGCGCUCAGCCGAAUAGCCCUAUUGUGCAAAUGGACAAUCCCAACCUCUUUUCCAGUGUACACAUUAAACCAGAACCAGAGGCCACUUCUUCCUAUAAUACCCUAUUUUCUCGUGAUUUCACGCAGCAACCGAGUUCUUCAUCUUCCACUCCAUCUGGACCAAAUGAUCUCUCCCUGACAAAAGGACACGCAUGCGAAGUUUGUCAUAAGGUUUUUGCUGAUCGCUCCCUUCUUUCAAAGCAUAAAAUCGCUCAUGCUGAGGCAAAACACAUUUGCAGCACUUGUGGGCGGGCUUUUGUAAGAGAGGACAAACUUCGGAGGCAUAUUCGAUCGGUUCACAGCAGCGAACGCCCCUACGUUUGUGAUGUUUGUUCUAAGGCAUUUGCUCGGAAAGACAAGCUGCAAGAACACGCAAAGCAUCACAACAAGGAUAUAACAUUUCCAUGCCCGGUAUGCAGUGAAGUCUUUCUUAUGAGGUCUAUUCUCAACCGCCAUCUUCGCACAGAACAUCACAUUCGACAAACCCCAGAUUCUGUGAAAUCUGUUCCUUUGAAGACUGGGCAGCAAGAGAACAUUCUUCAAACCUCGGUAACCACUGGCAACAAGAGGAAACGCGCAAGGCAUCAGUCGCUGGUUGACAUUUCAAAGCUUUCGUCAGACAAGUCGAGUACCGAUGCUGCUGCUGCUGCCGCGGCCGCAGCCUAUUAUCAAAACGGUGGAUGGAACGCGGCCAACCUCCUCCUUUAUAAUCGCUACCAGCAGCAACAACAACAGCAACAGCAAACUCAACAGCAACUCGACUUUUGGCACGGUGGCAAUGGCUAUUUUUAUGCAUCCCAAAACGCGGCUGCAGGUUACCACUUCCCGACCGCUCAGUAUGCGGCUGCUAUGCGACAACAGCAGCAGCAACAACAACAACAGCAGCAGCAUCCCAACGCUGGUACCGUUUAUAAUGCCGCCGCCGCUGCUGCAACACCUUCGGCGUUCUCCGCUGCUGUGGCUGCAAGGCUUUUUUCGCCAGCAAACUAUUGGUGGCCGCAGGCCGGUCAGAAUUUUGUCUUCCAACAAACUGCCGCGGCUGCCACACAAGGCCUUUCGACGUCGUCUGCAUCUACUAUAAUGCCAAGUGUGAAUCCCUAUUUCCCCACUGCAACGACCGCGACUGCGGCCGCCGUGGGCUCAAACCAGUCUUCAGCAGCUGUACCGGUGACGACUGACACGACAUUCGCUUCGAAGGAGGCCGCGUCUUCACCCACACACCCGACACCCUUCAGCACCCAGUACUCGCCGCCUACAACCACUGCGGCGCAGUACGCCGCGUACUACCAGGCUGCGUCGCUGGCUGCGUCCUCCGCUUCUGCACACUCACCUCAGUCGACCGCCUCUCCCGGUCUUCCCUACUCGAAUUAG